AAGUGACUCUCAGAGGUGGUGAAUUCCAAUUAUUUUAAAUGUGCUAGCCAGGUAUGCCCUGGGUUACUCUGUGUGAGUAUUGUGUAGGAGCGUUCUGUGUGGGCGCGGUAGGUAGAUUCUGUGUGGGUUACCUUUUUAUGUUCUGAUGUUCUGUGUGGACAUCUGACCAGUUCUGUGUGAGCAUCUGACCAAUCCUGUGUGGGUGAUCAGUAAAAUUCUGUGUGAAGUACUUAAGGAAUUCCUGUUGUAAUUUUUUUUUCUCUCCCUGUGUGUGUGAGAGAGAGGAGGAGUGAGAUUGUGUGUGUGUGAGACUAAGGAGCCAUGGGCGCGCGCGAGUGCAAAGAACCAGGCAUUCCGGACCCUCCUACUGGAGCCUUGAAGGUUAUGGUAGAUAAAUGGGGUAGGGAUAUUCUGGAACAGGUACUUCUAUGGCAUAGAGAGGGUGGUUUUCCUUUGACAGGGACACUAAGUGUGACGCUGUUAGAUGAGGUAAGACAGAGAUUGGUAGAGAAGGAAGGUAAACUAGGAAAAAAGGAUCAAAUUGACUGGGUGAAAUUCAGGAAAUGGGAAAGGGAAGCUGACAAACGGAAGAAAAGACAGGACACAUUUCGGGGAAAACCCUGUCAGAAUAUGAUAGUUCAGACUGAGGAAGGAGAAAAGAAGGGGAAAGAUGAAACAGUGAGAAGGAAUAGGAAGGAUGAUGAUGACAGAGACUGUCCCCCUCCAUACUGUACUCCUCAAACUCUCUACCCAGUGUUGCCGGACCUCCCUCCUCCUCGGGCGCCUCCUGCUGAUCCGCUGGAUGCAAGACCACUACAACCUGCAGCCUCACCCCCUGUCUCUCCCAACACCACGGUGAUUGAUCGUCUGGCACGGAGCCUGGCUGAAGUCCUGACAGGGUCUGGAGUGACUCCGGCCAGUCUCACUGGAGGCGCAGUGGGGGGAGCACGCCAGAAGGGGAAAAAAAUCAACAACCCUUUUCUCAAGGCUCCUCCACUCAGCUCCAGUGAGGAAAGUGAGGACGGAGGGGCACCCCAGCUGACUCCCCCGUUGAAGGACCGUCUACGGACUAGGACGGAGAGGCGGGUCUCUACCCCCUUCCAAUACGACCCAGCAUCAGACAUGUAUCAUCAAUACCCUCUGAUGGCCUGUCCUAACCCUCAGCCUCGACCUGAUGAUGCUAAUGCUGCUGCCGCCGCAGCAUGGAACCCCAUUGUGUAUGUCCAGAGGACGUGGAGACAUGAUGAAAUCAAAGACAUUGUAGAGGACCUACCAGACCCAAGUAAGGACGCUGUGAAAUAUUCAGCAGAGAUGAGGGUAUUAGUGGGUCAGUACAAACCAUCUGCUGCUGAGAUAGCCCAUAUCUGUAAAAAGAAACUGGGACUCAGGUGGGCGGAUGUACAGGGACAGUUUGAUUGCAACUACCUGUGGGCUGAGAAUGGCGCAUAUCAGGACCAGAUAACGGCGCUGCUGGCCAGGAUUGUGGAGAUGUAUCCAACUAAGACUGACUGGACUGCUAUCAGAGAAUGCACUAUGAAGAAAGAUGAGGGCCUGGAGGCUUUCAGAAAGAGACUUGAGACCUGUUUCAGGCUACACAGCGGUAUCAGACCAAACGAACAUGCAUAUGGGGAUCUGCUGAAAGACGCCCUAGUGAGGGGUCUGACACCGGGCCUGGAGAAAGCUGUGAGGACUACCUGCAUCAGUUGGGAGACUGAGCCAUUAGCAACGGUGGUACAGCACUGCAAGCAUGCUGAGAGACAACAGAGUACACAGAAGGAAGACAAAAUAAACGAAGAAAAAGUAAAGACACAGAAACUACAGGCUGCCCAGAUGACGUUUUACAAGGGAGCAGCCCCAGCAGGGACAGGACGAGGGGGUGGAGUGCGCAGGUGCUACAACUGUGGGAAGCCGGGUCAUUUUGCUGCUGACUGCUCUGAGCCAACGAAUCCACAGAGGAACAAAGACAGGGGCGGACCGAGAGGAGGGGCCUGAGAGGAGGGGGCAAGAAGAGGAGGAAAAGGAGCACAUGCAUGGACAGCCCCAUUCCAACAACAGCCGUGGCAGCCACCUCCCAAGCAAUGGCAGGUCGGGCCACCUCACGGGGUCCAGCAACAGCAACAGUGGGGACCACAAGGAGUCCCUCCAGGCAGAGGACAAACUGGAGCCUGGCAGACGGGGCCGCCGGCACAGACGACCCUGUACAAUCCAGGACAGGGACAGGAGGAGGAGUAUUGACAUGAUGAGAAGACAGGGACAGUUGUGCUAAAAUCCUCAGAGCAACAAGAGCAUUUGUUUUUAAAGUGUCACACCCUUCUGAGAGUAGAGCCAACAGUGGAGGCUUGCGUCAAUGGCAAAGACGGCCCAUCUAACACCAGCUCGACUGCUCCAUUAUCAGAAUGUUCUUCUGACAAUGUGUCAUGUGACCCUGAAGAGGUGCACUGUGUUAAAUCCUGCUACUUUGUUGCCCACCGAGGAUGAUGGAGAGCCGCACGACUGUGCUGAACUGUUGGAGCUUGUCUCUAAACCAAGGUUGGAUUUAACUGAUGUCCCUUUGCAAAAUGCACAUUUGGAACUGUUUGUAGAUGGCUCUGCUCAGCGUUCUGAGAAAGGAGAACCAUUGGUUGCGUAUGCGGUUACUACUGCCUCAACCACACUGGAAAGUGCUAAAUUACCCUCCCAUCUUUCUGCUCAAGCAGCAGAACUCUUUGCACUCACUAGAGCUUGCAUAUUAGCUAAAGGCCAGUCUGCUACAAUCUAUACAGAUAGCAGAUAUGCCUUUGGUGUGGUACAUGAUUUUGGUACUCUGUGGAAACAGCGCGGCUUCCUGACAUCCUCUGGUAAGGCGAUCUCUCAUUCAAAACUUGUUGAUAACUUGCUAAAAGCUAUUUUGCUCCCUUCUGAAAUUGCUGUUUGUAAGUGCCUUGCUCAUGCUAACUCUUCCGACCCUGUCUCCAAAGGUAAUGCUAUGGCUGACUUGGCAGCUAAGGCAGCAGCUGUCUCCUUGGAGGCCCCUGUGUUACAUAUGGUUUUACUUCCUGAUAGUAACCUUUUCUCUCCCACUGAUAUCUCUGACUUACAAUCCUCUGUAGGUCCUGUUGAGUUGAGGAAGUGGAAACGACUAUGUACAUAUGACCAGGUGCAGAAACUCUGGCUGGGCCCAGCUGGGCUACCAGUUUUACCACGUUCAUGUUUCCCCUACUUAGCUAAGUUGUCACAUGGAAGAGAUCAUGUGUCAAAGGGGGGAGUUGUUGAUUUUGUAAAUACAUUUUGGUUUGCACCUGGGUUUUCUGUGUUUGCUGAACAAUUUUGUGCAAAAUGUGUGAUUUGUAUGACUAACAACAUGGGAAGAGGUAUUCCCAUGCCACUGUCGGCUCAUCCGACCCCUGAAGGACCAUUUGAACACAUAAUGAUGGAUUUUAUUGAACUCUCUCCUUGUCAAGGUUACAAAUAUUGUCUGGUGAUAGUGGAUGCCUUCUCCAAGUGGGUAGAGGCAUUCCCAUGUCGACAUUCCACUGCUAUGGCAGUAGCCAAGAAUCUCCUUAGGGAGAUCAUCCCAAGGUGGGGGUUACCAUCUAAAUUAACCAGCGACAAUGGCUCCCACUUUGUAAACCUGGUGAUACAGAACUUGUCUGAGAGUCUGCAGAUAGACCUCAGGACCCAUUGUAGCUAUAGGCCCCAAUCCGGUGGUUUAAUUGAACGCGCUAAUCAAACGCUGAAAUCUAAGAUGGUGAAGCUUAUGGCAGAGACGGGGCUUUCUUGGGUCACUGUGAUCCCCCUGGCUCUGAUGUACAUGCGAGGGAGGCCCCACAGAACCACUGGAUUGGCUCCUCAUGAGGUUCUGACAGGUAGACCAAUGAGGAUGAUUCAUUCUCCUUUCCCACAGAACAAGCUGACACUGAUGGGCUGCGACGAUGACAUGGUAAGUUAUUGUACUGCUCUAAACAAUGUUCUGAAGACUAUUUUCCCCAGGGUGAAAGCGGCUCUACCCCAGCCACUGGUGGGGAUCCUGCACAAACUGCAACCAGGUGACUGGGUGGUGGUGAAAGACCUGAGACGAAAGCAUUGGAACCAGCAGAGGUGGACUGGACCAUACCAGGUGAUGCUGAUUACCCCCACUGCUGUUCGCGUAGCUGAGAGGUCUACUUGGAUCCACGCCCAUCACUGCAGGAAGGUGCCAUACUGCCUACCAGACCCUGAGGAUGGAGGACCAGAGACGCCGGAAGUCACCGACUAGAUGGGAGGAUCAGGCCCAGACUCUACACAUAAUGUUUCUUGCUCUGGUCUUGAGCAUUCUCAUUACAGUGGCCAUAUGGACAGUGACUCAAGGACAACCGGUCCUGGAAAGACAACAUGGUACGGACUCGACUGAUAACCGUUCAGUCCCACUGCGGGACUUAAAUAACAGCCACUCCAGCUCGAGCCAACGGGAGGCUCAGGACAGGAGUCCAGCAAACAAUAGCCGCUCCCAUACCGAAAGAAGAAGAAGGUCAAUGCAUCCACUGGAUGAGCAUCACAGUAGGAAUCACGAGGGAAACACUUGGUGGUCACUGCUUAACUAUACAGUAAAGACUGAACUGAUGUUAGGA